CCCGUUCAGGGCCGGGUUGUGCAGCCUUCUCUCGGCUACAAACGUGUCCACAUUCUGCAACUCGCUGAGUAUUACACUGACGAACGCCGAGAAGAACUCGUAUCUAGAGCCGAUCAGGGAUUUGCCCGAGCACGAGAAUUGGCUCAAAAAGAAGUUCAGAAAGGGCUACAGAGUCUCGUUCGUGGGCGACGAUGUUCUCACGCUCUCCAACCGCAUAUACGAUCCCGAGAGGUACUGGUCCAAGAACAGAUAACCGAGACAGACGACAUAAGAUCGAUCUUGCUGAGCAGGGUGAGAAGCAUCAAGCCGCCCGAACCCGCUCCGAUAGACUCCUCGAAGCUGCUGACGGUCGACACGAGGAUCAAGGAUGAGUGCAUGAUCGCCACCAUGGACUUGUUGAAGAAGUCGAAGCCCCUAUCCGACGGCCCAACAUACGACUGCGUGGCGAGGUCCAUGCUUAUGACCGCCCGCUCGUGCCCGCCCGAAAGCGUGUGCAUAGGCAUCCUCCCGCACAGGAAUGGUAUACUCCCUCCCGUCACGUCCGCGCUCGCCUACUCGCCGCUGUCGUGCAUCGGAUGUACGCUUUCGGUUCAGGGCCUGGCCCGGAUCAUGUCCAUGGUGGCCGUCGAGAACGACAAUGCGUACAAGUCCAAGCUCAAGGACGGUGCCCGGAGGCCAUUCCCGACUCUAGAGGGGUGCUACACGAAGUUCGCGUCGACGCUGAGGGCAUCAUACUCGUGCCUAGAUGCCCGUGUGGCGUUCGUCAACUGCUGCCCCAUCCUCGUCAGCAACACGGCCAAGCGCGUAUGUGCCAUGUCCUUCUUCUCGGAGUUGUUGGCGUCGAUAGUGAAGAUCUUCGACAACUCCUACAAGCUGGUGGUCAUAUCGAUGGGCGCAGUUCCAAAGACGUCCGUGAACGACAUGCUCAAGUCGUACCCGAACCUGAAGACUUCCUUCACACACUACAACACCUCGGACCCAGCCCAAUUCGAGCACAUGAACGUGAACAAAGUCUCAGCCUCAGAGCCGAUCUCGCCGACAGCCAGGGAGAACGAGCUGCUCAUGUACGAUCUGCUCAUGUAUGAUCUCUGCGACCUCGAGACGGAGCUGAACAUCAAAGCAACCUUCACGUGCAACUUGUACCUGGUCACCACCCUCAAGAUAGGGACGAGUGUGGACGGGAUAUCGAGACUGGUGAAAGCACUCGUUGGGCACACACCCGACAGCUUGUUCAAACCCUUCGUAGACAGGUUCAAGCAGUUCAACGCCAGCCAGGCGAUCCUGAACGCAGUCAAGAUGGACUCGCAGAUGAUAAUCGCCAUGAGAGCUAGAGCGGAGGUGGGAGCGGCAGCCGACAGGACCAUCGGGGACGACAUGGGCAGCCCCGCUCCGAGCUCGCGGGACCUCACCUUCAGGAAGAGGAACGACGAUCAGCCGACGCUCGAGAGCCAGCAGACGAGCCAGUUCCAGGCGCCUGCACGUCCCAAGAGCACGCACCUGUUCGCAAGGGCGAGCGCGGAUCAGAGCGCGUCGCAGAACGGGGGCACGAACCAGGAGGGUCAGAGACAGCACUUCCAGAACGGGAGGAUCGUGACUAUGCCUCUUACACGUAGCAAGUCCUUGAUCCGGCCCACGCACCAAAAUCGACAACAUGCCGGCAUCGGACGUGCAUGCGGUGUCGACUGGCAUCAACAAAGUCCAGUGGGUUCGAGACUUCUACAUCACACAACUGCUGUCGGUCCUGGACCAGGGUUGCACUAGCUGGCCGGAGCUCUAUGUGGAAAACAAAAUCCUGGACCCAAUCCUGACCUCGCGUUCGCCGCCGCCGUCACAGACCUCGAUUUCGACUGGUACGUGGACAAUGACUAUGGAGCAGCUGCUAAUGUGGCUAAGUCGCUCGAAUUGCUGCAUAGGGAAGGUCGGAAUCGCUGUCGCGGCGGCAAUGCCUGAGGUCUGCCACGCGCUGCAUGUACUUACGUUUCCAUCUCGUCUCGGACUAGCCUUCUAGAAUACCAUGUCAUAAACCGCACUUUACUGGCAAGCAGCAAGGGGAUUCUCUCAUGCAGAGUCUGCUACACGCUCGCGAUGAAGUGAAGCAAUCGUUGAUCUAUUAGAACAGGAACCAGCGAAUAAACGACGAGCGAACCAUUGUCAGGCCCAUCCACUCAGCACUCAGUACCACCAAAGUCUCCAACUCGGCCAUGGUGCCGCCUGCCCAGGUCACGAAACGCAGUAAUCCUGAAGCAUACAUUGCCGAUUGCUCGAAGAACCAUUGCAUACACCGGUCACGAGUGCCACGGAAGAGUCAGAGCGGGAGCAUGAAUCGUCGAAAGAGCCAGUGCGAUAUACAGAGCCGUUGUCAGGGAGCAGCGACUACUGCCAUGUCGCUCGACAAAAUCACCCAGAGGACAUUAGGCGCAAUUACGGAAUGGACAAGAAGCAUGUGCGUCUUGGAAACCUCUAGCAGGAGCGCAUAUCAGAGGUCUCUGAGCGGCAUCACCGCAGCAAUCAACGCCGCGUCUCAUUGAGUCAACAA